UCUCUAACCUAUGUGAAUUAGCUCCAAGAGAAGGCAAGAAAAGAAAACUUGGAUUAGAGUUUUAAAUCAAGAAGAAAAAGGUGAUUUUUGAUUGCCAAAAUCAAGAAACAAAAAAGAAAGAAAAAGAAAAGUCAGAGAUUAGGGCACAAAAACAAAGAUCAAAUCCAAAGUCUGAGUCAUACAACACAAGGAUCAAUAUUGAAUUCAAAGAUUUCAAUCCUUUAAAUACCUCUUUGGAUUACAAGGGACUCAUCAAACCAGCCCAAGUGAACAUAUCUUCAUUCCUCCAUCAUCUAGUAUCUUAAUCACCAACUGCUAAAAUGUCAAAGAAGAUGCAGACCUCAUCAUCACUUCUUCAAGACUUGUUCAUUGGAAAUCCAAUCAUCUCAGCAGCAUGUGAUCAGCUUCAGAAAUCAGUUAACAGAUACUAUUUGCUAGACUCUUCCUCUACUCAAUCCCAAUAUUCAACAAAAGCAUCAAAGCAAAGCAGAGUAUAUUCAAUUCUAAACAAACUUAGAAGGAAGGGUGAUGAUAGUCUUUCACGAGGAGUCCAAGAACAUGUGAGAAUGGCACCAAAGAUAUCUGAAAGUCUUAAGGGGAAGUUGAGCUUAGGGGCUAGAAUUCUUCAACUUGGUGGAAUAGACAAAGUGUUUAAGCAAUUCUUCAAUGUCAGAGAAGGUGAGACGCUUCUAAAAGCUUCGCCAUGCUAUCUUUCAACGACAUCAGGGCCUCUAGCAGGUCUGCUGUUCAUCUCAAGUGACAGGGUAGCAUUCUGCAGUGAGAGAUCAAUCAGAGUGUUUACAGGGAAAGGCCAAAUGAUGAGGAUUCAUUACAAAGUUUCCAUUCCACUCAAAAAGAUCAAGUGUGUAAACCAAAGAGAAAAUGUUGAGAAGCCAAAACACAAGUAUAUAGAGAUAGUUACAAUGGAUAACUUUGAUUUUUGGUUGAUGGGAGUCAUAAAGUAUCAAAAAACUUUGACAUGUCUUGAACAUGCCAUUUCUCAAGCUUAAGAACAAUGUAUGUAUAGCUGAAGAAGCUACCUUUGAGUUAAUUAGGAUGAAGAAACAUGUACAUUCUGAAAUGAUGAUUUGUUGAUUUGCAAAUCAAAUAUUUUGUUUGGAUUAAUUUGAUAAUGUAUGAAGGAAAUUGAAAUUAUUUAUAUAUCUAUU